AUGGAAAAUUUAUAUUAUAAUAAAUAUACAAGUGAAAUAUAUGAAAAAAAAAAGUAUCCUUUUAAAAAUAACAUUCAUGAGAAAGAGGAUGUUUUAAAGGAUGCAAAUACAUAUGAUUAUAUAAAAAAUUAUGUAUUAGAUGUUAUAGUAAAUUAUAUAAUUAAUGAUAGUAUAGGCCCAAAGUACAAAUAUCAUUGUGAAUCUUUUAACCAUAAUAAGAAUAAUGAUAUAUCAAAUUUAAAAGUUAGGUCACCACAAAAUGACUUUCUUAUUUCACAAAUAUUAAGUAAAAAAUAUAAUAACAAUAUUCCAAAAAUAGAUUUAGAAAAAAAUAAUAUAAAAAAUAAGAAUGUAAUACUACAAUCAAAAUUAGAGUUUUUUUCAUAUAAUAAAAUUUUAUCUUUAUCAAGAAAGUAUGAAUAUGAAGAAUUUAGUACCUUAAAGGAUGAUUUUAUUAGGUACCUAUUAAAUAAUGCAUACCUAUAUAAUAACAAGCUUCAUAUGAUCUUAAGUUUAAUUAUAUUGUCAUUUUAUAAUGCCAAGAAAAACAUGGGAUGUUAUUCUUUGCUUGAUGUUUUGAUGAAAACAAUAAAUUAUUAUAAAACAUAUAAUAAACUCAAAACUUGUCUUAUACUUUUUUCUCCCAUCAUUCAAAUGCACAAGAGACAUAAACAAUAUGUUAACUUAAGUGAAAUUAUGUUAAACAUUGAUGAUGAUAAAAAUGAUGCUCAUAAGGAUCUCCCUGGUAAUAGUAGUAAUAAUAAUAAUAAUAAUGAUGAAAGUUGUAGUAAAAACUUCCUCUUAAAAUUUGAAAGUACCAAAGAACUAAUUAACAUCGUCCGAAAAAAUCGUGAUAUUAAUUCAAGUACUACCGCUACUUCAAACACAUUAUCUACCGUUAGUAAGAAAAAAAGGAAAGAUGAUGCAUACUACUCCCACAAGAGAAAAUUGAAUUUUAAGGACACACAUUUAAAAGAUGAUCAAAACGUAAGUAAUAAAGAUAUGAAAGAUAUGAAAGAUAUGAAAGAAAUGAAUUUUUUAAAUAAUGAGUUAACGAAAAAAAAGCUACUUCAAUAUAAAAAAAAAAAAAAAGUGAAAAAAAAUCAGUGUCACCAUAUAAUCCACCAAAAUUAUGACAAUACCUUUCAAGUUCAUUUUAAUAAUUCCGACCAAAGUCAAGGCAGACAGAGGAAAUUUUUGCAAGGAGUAGUAGUAUCUUAUAUAAAGUAUAAUAAUUCAAAGUUUAAUUUAUCAUGUUAUAUAAGUAUGAAAAAUUAUAAUUUUAAUUCGAGCAUUAGAAUAUGUUACGUACCUUUUUAUAAUAACUAUUAUAAAAAUAAAAAUAUAUGGUACAGAUUAAACAUGAAGAUAUUUUUGUAUUGUUGGGGGUAUGUUGAGGAAGUAUGUUUUUCCGACUGCACGAUGAAUACUUUAGAAUAUGUAUCUAAUGACGAAGAGGUCAGGAGACUUGAAAAAAUAAAUUACUAUAAGGAAAAGUAUAAUAAGAUGAUAAAUGAAGAAAGGAACAAAUUAGAGAGAAACAAAAUCGUAUUAAAAAAUAAUAAUAAAAGGACAAGUGAUCAAUACGAUAAGAAAAAUGAUAAUAUUAACAUUUUCAAUAAUAAUAAUAAUAUUUUACAUAAUAAUAAAAUUUUCAGUAAUAAUAAUAUUUUCAAUAAUAAUAAUAUUUUCCACAAUAAUAAUAUUUUCAAUAAUAAUAAUAUUUUCCACAAUAAUAAUAUUUUCCAUAAUAAUAAUAUUUUCAAUAAUAAUAAUGUUUUCAAUAAUAAUAAUAUUUUCAAUAAUAAUAAUAUUUUCCACAAUAAUAAUAUUUUCCACAAUAAUAAUAUUUUCCACAAUAAUAAUAUUUUCCAUAAUAAUAAUAUUUUCCAUAAUAAUAAUAUUUUCAAUAAUAAUAAUAGUAGUGAGGGGUGUCCUUAUAGUAGGAGAGAAAAAAAAUGGAAUAAGAUUGAUCCGAGUAAUAAUCCUUAUUCGUUACUUUGUACAAGUGACCAUAAAAGAUUAAGAGGAUAUCAUAAUAAUAAUUAUAGGUAUAAUUCAAGCAGCUUUAUCAGCAACUUUAACGAUGAUGGUAUGUCGACUAAAUUUCCUAACAGCAGAGAUGUGGAACCUGGAUACAAUAGUGAUAAUAAUAUUUUGUAUAGAAAUAACAAGAGGAAACGAAGAAAGAAGAAACGUUUGAAUGUAUGUAAAAAUGAGAAACAUUAUUGUAAAUAUUUAAGUGAUGAUGAUAUGACAUAUGAUAAUUAUUGUAAUUAUUUUUAUGAGACUGUCGAGAGUGUAAAUGUGUCGAGUUAUUUGUAUUAUUUCAAAUUAAUAAAUAAAAAAAAGUUAAAUAUGAAAAUUAAUCAAAUGGAACAAAAACUGGAAUUUAACUAUGAUGUUUUUUUAAGAUCUAUAUAUGAUAGUAAUGAGAAAAAACGAAAUAUGAUAUACAAUGGAUAUUAUAAUUCGGAAAUAUUUAAUAAUAAAGAAGAAAAUUAUAAUUAUGAAGAUUCAAAUGAUGACAACUAUAAUGAAAAUGAUGAUUAUAAUAAUAAUAAUAAUGAUAGCUAUGAUAUUAUAGAGAAUGAAGACAUGUUACCACAUCAUGCUUGUCUAAAUUAUGAUCAUUUCAAUUUCAUAACCUGUUAUGAGAAAAUAAUAAAAUAUAAGCCCAUAACUACAAAAUAUAUUUUAUGUUGUAAGGAGGCUUUUUUCUGUUCCAGUGAAGAAUAUGAAGAUGACGAAAUGAACGCCAAUAUAAAUAACAAUAUGAACAAUAUGAACAAUAAUAAUAAUAAUAGUAGUAGUAAUUCAUUUUAUAACCAUAAUAAUAACUAUUCACAUAUGGCAGAUGGAAGACGAAAAGGUAUGAAGAGAUUCGCAGAAGGUAAUCUAAAUAAAGAAGAACAUCAUGGAUAUGGUGAAGAGGAAGAAGGAUAUGAUGAAUACCAUAAUAAAAAUAUUGGUAACAAUAGAGUAAAUGGGCUUUUAAGCAAUCGAAUGAUGAAACAAGAAAUUGAUGAUGAUAUGGAAAAUCAUAGAGAUAAUAACAUGCAUAAUAAUAAUAGCAACAAUAAUAAUAAUAGUAAUAAUAGUAAUAAUAAUAAUAAUAAUAGUAAUGUAAGGGGAGAGGUCAUGAAUGGAUACAAUUACAAUAAUGAUCUUCAUUUAAAUAAUAUAUAUGUGAAAGACGAAACGAAAGAUAUUAAUUAUAAUGAUGGUGAUGAUAUACAUGAUAUGGAAGAAGGAAAAGAUUUUGAAAGUAUUAUUGAUGAAAAUAAUGAAUAUAAUGAAGAAAUAGAUGUAAAAUAUGAAAUAUCUACAGAAAAUAAUGAGAGCACUACCUUACAUUUACCAAUCAAUGAUAUGGAUAUUGGAAAAGGUGGUAGUAUGACCGAUCAUGGAUUAAACAGUAAUAGUAAUUUCCUGUGUACAAGUUCAACAAAUGAAAAUGGUUUAGAUAUGAAUGUGUUAGAUAAUAAAAUGAAGAAUGGUACUAUUCAUAAUAAUAAUAGUAAUAAUAGUAAUAAUAAUAAUAAUAAUAAUAAUAAUAAUAAUAAUAAUAAUAGUAAUAAUAGCAAUAAUAAUAAUAAUAAUAAUAAUAAUAAUAGUAAUAAUAGUUUGAAACAUAAAAGUCAACAAAAAAAUAAUAAUGAAGGAAAAGAAAAAGUCAAAAGACGACGUAAAAAUCCAUUUAGUAGAAGUGUUGUAGGUAUGUCUCCUGCAAGUAAUAAUGAUAUGUCAAAAGCUUAUGGAGAUAUGAUGAAGGAUGGUUCAAAUAAUUUCAUGUACAAGAAUUUUGUUGUUCCAAAAAAGCCGAAUAAUUUUUCUUAUUUGAAUUAUAAGGAAGUAAAAGAAUAUUUAAAAGAUUUGACUAUACUAAAAAGUGGAGCAAAUUGGAAAACAUAUAAAAUGGAAGAUUUGCCAGCCGAAUUGUAUAAAAAUAUUAGACCAAUAAAUCAAAGAGUAACAGGUUUUAAAACUGUGUUAUUGGUUGAUGAAUUAUUUGAAAAAUUAUGGGAAUUCCCGAAUACAGACAUGAUCAAAGUUAGGACAGUAACUAGAGGAGAUCAAUUUAUUGGUGAUAUUCGAAUCGAUUUUUAUUAUCGCCAGAGUGAGAGAACGUUAUGUCGUGCAUGUGGAAGGCACAUCCUUAAGCAGAAGUUUGCCACGGAGCACUACCAAAGGAAUAUAA